CUCGACUUUUCCGCCUCAGUGCGAGGAUGGACCGGCGUUGCGACGCUGCGCGUCGACGACUCCCGUCGGGUGCACGAAUCGUCGGGAAAUAAUCGAGAGUGCCGAGAGAAAACAAGUAACGAGGGAACAUGUAACGUUUACGUGAUACAUUUGACAAAAAAAAAUCACAAAAGUCUUCCACUAGCGUGUAGUCCGUUAACGAUAUUAGUAAUCUUUAAGCUUUAACCGUAAGCGACAAGUAAUCGCGUUUAAGUGUAGCCCUAAGGUAUCCGAAAGAUUCGUCUGAAGAAGAUCUUGAAUAUUUUAAUCAACGAGACCUCGAUUUUCAUUCGAUUCAGGCACAUAGAUACACGCAUCCAUCGAAAUUUUCAAGCAGCAGAAAGAGGCUUGCUAAUCGACCGAAGAAACAAGAGAAAGGAUUUUAUGGGAAUUUUACUAACGAGUAAGGAGGAUAUUCGAAGAUAAUAGCGAGAAGAUCUACACGUGUCGCAGAUCGAACGAAAGAUUCGUAAGAGGUCAACUUUUUUCUAUAUAAAUCCAUGUGUCUCCAGGUCGAUAAAUCGACGAUUACAUUAAGAUAAACCGUUAUACUUUGUCGCCUGUAUACGCAGUAUACGGCAAGAAGUAAGACGAUAUAGUGUGCCUGAUCUGAAGUCUUCCUUAGUCUGGUUAAGCUAGAAUAAGACCGUACAUUGCUAUAUUCUUACACGAGCCACUAAGAUAUAUACGUCUAUACGAUAUAAUAUACACAUAGUGUUUAAAACAUAGAACGUAUAAGAGAGAAUCGUGCAACAGAGAGAUUAAUCAAGGAUACCUUCUCGCUGAUGGAGCGGUUCCAAGUUGAGACGAACGUAGAAGAGUAGGGACGAUUCAAGGGAGAAACUUGCUUCAACGCUGAUUACUCUUGGGAGAGAAACAAUCGAUCAACGAACUGUGAAGAGACAGGGACAAAAAAAAAGAAGGAGGAACCAGCGAGAAACGAAGCUGACAUUUUCAUCAUCGUUGCCGGAUGAUUGUUCUUGCGCCGGGACAGCAGAAAUUCCGAAUAGCAGCAGCGUCGGUGCUGGUGUAAUCGGGGGAGGAAGCCAUUACCUUCGCCUCCACCCUCGCCCAUCCCCCCUUCCGCCCUCCUAAACUAUCAAAGCUUCCCUCGAGAAGGGAUUAAGCCGCGCCGGGACUACUUGCACAGCGUGCAGCCCGACCGACGGAGCUCCUUAGCGUAAAUUAGCGGUCGAUCGCGCUUAAUGCUCGUCUAAUUGCUUGGCUGUUAAUUAUUCAGGGGCGCAAGAUUGUCCUCUGGCUCUCCCGUUGGCCCAACAAAUUGGAUGCUAAACGAAACGGGACGAUUUAUUGGCAACAAGACCGGGGAAUUUUAGAUCAUCGUGGACGUCGAUGAAUUACUAUAUCGAUCGUACAACAAUUUGUAAGGGUUUGGAAUCUAGGAGAUUCGGGAGGAACAAAAAUCAACGAGUUACAUUUUAAUCGAGGGAUCAAGAAACGUAAUUGUAGGCAGAAAAAGUGAAUUUUACAGUACCACGUUUAAUAUUUUAUUUUGGAUCCGAGCUAAUACGAUAAGAGAAUCAACGAAGAGGGGGAAGGAUCUUUGUGCUAUCGGAAUCGUAGACUCGACGAAUGACUAUGUCUGUGACGGUGUCACCGCUGAAACCGGCGCGCGGACGCGGUCCCGCCGAUGGUCGCGCCUUUUUCGAAACCCUAUGGCGAGGGAACUUUUUCCUGGACCGGCAGAAAGUGAUCAAACGGUCCCGGAAACGCAAAUUACAAGCGGCGAACGGAAAGAAGCGCGCACAGCUGCAGAUGCGACAGCAUUGUUGCUGCUGCCAGCGCAUACAACUCCACCUCCUCGCCGGACGGCGAAGCAACAUGCGCUCCGUCGUCAGUGUCCGGGAGACCCACCAGAUUGCUGAGGCGCAACAAGAAAAAAAUGCUAAGCUACGGGAGGCAUUUGGAAUAUCGGAGUUCUUCGUGGAGGGAAGUAGCCUAGAUCCCGAGAGGCACGCGCGCGAAGCAGAGGCGAGAGCUGCUGCGAGCAAAGUGUACGAACUGGUGCGAACUCCGAGUCCUACUCCGGACACGACGUCCGUCCCGGAGAAGAAAAAACGAAAACGUUCCGGCAGCACGACCAAAAAGAAAAAGGGGAAGAAGCACAAGAAGGAAAGGUCGGAAUCUCCAAAGGCUAGUAAGAAAAAAGAUAAAUCUAAAAAGAAGAAAAAGGACAAGAAACACAAAAAGACUGAGGCUAGUUCCUCUGAUAGUGAUUCUAGCGAAGCUUCAGAUGAUAGCAGCUCUUCCGAAACUGAAUCAAAGAAGAAACGGAAAAAGAAGAAGAAGAAAUCUAAGGCAGAGGCAAAAGAAAAGCACGAGAAGAAAAAAGUAGCUGCCAAGAGGAAGCAUCAGUCAUCCGAGAGCUCCUCGGACAGCUCCCCAGAAAGACCGAGGAAGUCUGUAAAAUCUGAUAAAGUUGUGGAAAAAACAAAAUCUGAUGAGGGGGAUACUACACCAAAAGAGCCUCGGCCAAAUCGUUCACCAAAGAAGCAAGAGAAAAGUCGAAAUGAAACCCCACCCCUUAAAAAGAAAGAUUCUCCGAUCAAAAAAGUUGUUCCGGAGAAGAGGGAGAAGUCACCGGUUGCACACAAGAGUCCUCCACCACGACGACACAGAUCUCCGUCAAGAAGCAGAAUCGAUAGAGGGAGAUCUCCUAGAAGAUAUUCAAGGUCACGGCGUAUCAAUCCAUCGCCAAGAAGACGAAGGAUGUCAAGGUCUCCUAGAAGAUACAACAGAUACUCGGUGUCCAGAAGCAGAAGUCGAUCGAGAUACGAUCGUUAUGGAUCACGCCGCAGAUUAUCGCCUCCACCUAGACGCAGAAGGUCCGAUUCUCGAAGAAGAUCAAGGUCACCAAGGAGACAGAGAGACAGACGAGAGAGAUCGAGAGAACGUCGUAGAACCCGCAGCAGGACGAGAAGUAGAUCUAGACGAUCCACCUUGAGCUAUUCUCCCGUGAGAAAGAAUCCGGAGCGGUACAAGCACAUAUUGGAAGAUAAGAAGAAACGAGAUCAAAAGAAAACUCCGGAGACUAAACGGAAAUCUCGAUCGAAUUCUAGGACUAGAAAAAUCCGAACGAUCACGCCGAGGGUCAGACUGCGAUCUUCCAGCGAAGACGAAACUGACAUGGCGGAUGACGAGCCGAAACCAGAAGACGAAGAGAAGUUGAAGGAGCUGCAUACUCUGAAACGUUUGCAAAGUGGACUGGCUGCAAAAGCUAGGGAAAGUAUAGGGAAGAAAGUAAUUAGUCCUGUAAAGAUCAAAUUAGAGAAGAAAGAGGAUAGCAUACUUGAUAUUGCAUUACCAAACGACCCACCAAAAAUGGUACAAACUAUUAUUUGUCCCGUUCAAGAGAAGUCUAAAUCAAACUCACCUAUAUCGCACCUACCUGCUAUUCAGUCGCCAGUAUCAAGCAGAUCACCUUCACCCGCGUUACCAUUGACCCGAGAAGAAGCAGCUAUAAAGAUACGUUCGCCCAGCGAGUCCCCUCCACCGUUACCGCCGAUGUUAAAUAAAAUGAACUGUAGGUCACCGAGUAUAACAACCAAGACGAAUCAUUGCUCCAAGUCUCCAAGUACCUCUAAGAAUUCUCCAAUUAUGUUAAGAAAGCAUUCAUCGGAAAGCCAGUCGUCCUCGCAUUCACCACCGAUCUCCCACAAGGAAGCGCCCAUAAAAUUACGUUCUCCCAGUGAAUCGCCACCACCUCCUAUACUUAGCAACGCGACUAAACUAAAACGGUCCGCUUCACCGAGUACUUCGAAAAAGAGUUCGCCAGCUUCUAGAAAGCAUUCUCCGAGAGAUAAGUCCUAUUCGAGAUCACGUUCGAGGUCCUACACAAGAUCGAUGUCGUUGGAGAAACGAUCCUCUCGAUCGCCUAGACGUCGUUCUUCGCGAUCCCUCUCCAGGGACAAGAAAUCACGUUCUCCGUCAAGAAGUAAGAAAUCGGAAUCUCCUAGACACAGAUCACCUGCGUCCCCAGCAAGGUCCAAAAAAUCACCGAAAUCCCCUGUUAGAACGAAAAGGUUGAGCAGGUCGAGGUCUUCCUCGGAAUCGAAACGCUCCAUGUCGAGGUCGCCGUCGCGAUCGAAGAAGUCCCCCUCCCAUUCGCCGGCAAAAUCAAGAUCCAGGAGUAGAACGAGGUCGUUGUCGAAAAGGUCUAGGAGUCGUUCUUUGUCAAAGAAAUCGAGGAGCCGAUCUCUGUCGAAGAAAUCGAGGAGCCGAUCUUUGUCAAAAAAAUCGCGUAGUCGAUCGUUGUCGAAAAAGUCAAGGAGUCGAUCCCUGUCGAAGAAGUCAAGAAGUCGUUCACGAUCGCUAUCCAGGAUAUCGCGGGAAAAAGAGAAAAGAAGUCGCUCCAGAAGCAGCUCGCGUUCUUCUUUAAGUUCAAGGCACAGUCGUAGAAGUUUCUCUAGCUCCUCGCGAUCAUCGAGUAGCGCUUCUAGCAGGUCCUCUCGUUCAACAUCUAGCAGUUCAGCUUCUAGCAGGUCUCGUUCUCCGUCAAUACCACGGCGCCAUGGUUCACCCAGUUUCCUAGAUAGACGCCGUAUCACAAGCGCCAGGAAGCGACCAAUUCCAUAUCACCGACCUACUCCGACACCACCUUCGUCACCGAGUAGUUCAGAUAGCAGCAGACAUAGUAAUUGGUCAAGUCCAAGCCAUCGAUCAAGUUGUUCUCCGAGUCGGAGUCCAUCGUACACGCGUUGAAGUGAUCAAGCGGAUCCCUAAAGACAGUUAACGUUCCUUUUAUGUAUCAGAUUUGGAAUGGUGCGGAUCACCAUGAUCCUCUGAUGCUUUUUCUAACAGUCCUACAUUAUGAAAAUCAUGUUUGUGAUGUUGAACAUUCCCAUGACACAUUUCGGAUGAAUUUUAAGUAUUUUCUCGUGUUAGGAAGCAUGAUUUAAAGAUACAAGGGAAGAUGCCAUUCUAAAUUUGGUGCAUGAUCUUUAAGUCUUUGUAAAGUCUUAAUAUGCAUUUACACCUCUGAUCUCAUGUCUU